AUGCAUCGGUUGACAGAGUCGCCCAAGUGGUCGUCAGCUCUGAACAGCCGUCGAAGUUGUUGCAGUCCAGUAACCCUGUCUUCUGUUUCACUGCUCUCAACACGCCUUGAGAAUCUGAAGCGUUCUUCAACUGAAAUCCUUGUUCGAGCAAAUGCACCUGAUUCUUCUCGCGAAUUAUCUCUUCUUUUCUUCCUUAACCCCAUCUCCGAUCGUCUCACGCUCCAGUGUGCCGGUCCCAUUGGCGCCGCAAGUGUUUCCAAUGUGCCUCCUCCCACCGCAUCCAACCGGCCUUCAGGAGCAGGACGAGGCGGAGGGGGAUUCAAAACAAGAUGUCAGACGUCCGCGACUGUUGGCUCUUCUGCGCCUGUCGCCUCGGCCGCUGCCAUCCGUCCCCGAUCUGUGCCUUCAAACCUCCCGAGACGAACUGCACCAGUGGCUCCCAUCGCAGCAGUUCCACCUGUUCUUGUCGUCUCCAGCUCAGUUACUCACCCUCUUCUCAACAGUAAAGACCAUUCGGACGAGUCAGAAGGACAGACUGACUCCGCAGCUGCCGCUGUGGUCAAACUGCCCAACUCCACUUGGAGGAAGGCCAGUGAGCUGCAGGGUGGGAUUUGCACUUCGUCGGACUACUUCCAGCUAGUGAGUGGGUUCUUGCAUAAAAAAACGUGUCCUGAUAAUUAA